AUGUCAUUCUUCAAAGAAAAUAAUCAUGUCGACGUAUUAAUUUGUGGUGCAGGUCCCGUUGGCUUAUUCUUAGCAAAUGAAUUGGCUGCAUUCGAAGUAAAUUUCCGUAUCAUCGAAAAGCUCAAUAAGCAUCCGAAUUUUUCAAAGGCUCUUUUGGUAGCACCCAGAACCUUGGAAAUUUUUGAUAAUAGAGGUCUUAUUGAUCCUUUCUUAGAACAUGGUGUCAAAGUGAAACAAUUCUCUAUACACCAAAAUAUUCAUGACUCGGUCAAGAUCGACCUUAGUAACAUGGACAGUCUAUUUGCCUUUGGAUUAAUGAAUCGUCAAAAUAAAACUGAAGAUUAUUUAGUUGAUGCUUUACAUAAAAAGAAAUCAAUGGGAAUGAAAAAUGUUCCCAAUAUUGAAUUUGGCAUGGAACUAUUAAAAUACGAUGAGAAGGAUAAUCAUAUCAUCGCUGUUGUCAAAAAUGUAAAUAGCGGUAAGGAAGAAGAAAUCAUUUGUCGCUAUUUAGUAGGAUGCGAUGGUGUACAUUCCUGUGUUAGAAAAGGACGAAGUGAUUGGACUUAUGAAGGUCAGACAUUGAAAUCUUCGUGGGCCCUGGCUGACGUAAACAUUGAUCAUGAAUUGAUUAAAUACGAUCAAGCAACUACCUUCACAGUUAAUGAAGGGCCUGUAGCUAUAAUACCAUUGGAUGGCCGAAAAAGUACUGUUCGUCUCAUUGUCAAAAUUUCUGAUAAAGAAUAUGAAAAUGAAACUAAUGAUGGUAUUACGCAUGGUCUCACAAAUAAGGAACAUAUUACGAUUGAUGAGCUGCAGAAAAUAGUAGAUGAGAGAAUUGCCCCUAUUAAAUUUGAGCUAAAAAAUCCCGUUUGGAUUUCUAAUUUUAGAAUUAAUGAAAGAAUAGUAAACAGAUAUCGAACAGGUCGAGCCUUUCUCGCAGGAGAUUCUGCACACUGUCAUUCACCGAUUGGUGGUCAAGGCAUGAAUUUAGGAAUUCAAGACGCUCAUAACUUAGCGUUCAAGUUAGUGUUAGUUAUCAAAAAUCAGGCCGUCGAUCCUGACAAACUUCUUAAUAGUUACGAACAGGAACGAUAUCCAGUUGGCAAGAACGUAGUUUCUGGCACUAGUUUCGUUACUAAAAUGGUGGAUAAAAAUGAUUUUAUUAGCACUUUCUUCCGAACGCGCGUAGUUCCUUUAAUGAUUCGUUAUUUUCCACAAAUUGCAUUUAAUUUCCAAUCAAAUUUGUUCCAAGUCGUACUUAAUUACUUUCCUGAGACAUCAGAUAUUCUUCACAAGUAUAAACCUCACUCAGGACCGGAAAACAAAUUAAUCAAAGCGGGUCAUUACUUAUUAGACGGAUUAUUAAAGAAUAUAAUCUUUAACAAAAGUCAUGUCCGUUUGACUUUAUUUGAUGUACUUCGUUCAACAGCAUUGAAACACACCCUGAUCCUGUUUACUUUAAAUAAGGGUGUCACCGCUGACUGUAAUCCACUUAUAAAUACUUUGUUAGAAAUCUACACUGACUAUAAAAGCACCAUCACCCCAAUUAUCAUUUCAUAUCAGGGUGCUGUCCAGACUGCUGAUGUACCAUUCAUGCCAUUCUUAGAAGAAGGUCGAGAACAACAUAUUUUUAUUGAACCAAAAUUCGAAUUGCACGAAAAAUAUGGCAUUACAAAAGAAAUUGGCCAACAGGCUUUUGUACUUGUUCGACCUGAUUUGUAUAUUGCCAGUGCGGUUUUUGAAGAUGACGUUGAUGAACUAAAGGCAUUCUUAGAAGG